UGAUCUUGAUAAAUCAUUGAGAUGUCUUCUGAAGAUAAAGUAGAUGUGAGAGUGAGACCACUGGGGUCUUUUUUCCCCCUCAAAAAUAAAAUCAGUAAACCUAAGCAAUUUGUUCUAAUUUACUGUUUUCAAGGAACAACCGAGACAAUAAAAGAUUUCCUUUUUGAUUUUUCUUUCCUAUAGGAGUUGCAGACCAGUGAAUCUCAUAUACAGUACAAGUCUGGCUUGAUAGAUUAGUUCACAAGCUUGCCAGGCAGAUUUAACGAUCCUAAAUUAGACACAAAUGAGACAUUACAGCAUGAGUACAGAGCUAUAAAAUUGAAGUAGAACGCUUAGUCUGGAUAAUUGGUCUUUGAUGAGAAGUAUGUGAGCUCUCUGACCUUUGCAAACUUUCAUGUUUUCCCAGUAAGCUCAGUUUGAAACAUAAUUGACAUCCAUUCCAAAACACUUUCGGAGAUUACUGGGAUCUUUUUCUCUUGAGAGCAAUCUGAGAAUCAGGAGACUUCAGCAAAAGUCUCAGUUUGCUUUCCAUUGAAUGUAAUUUGCUGUCUGAGAGAAGACGGGUAUUAAUAAGGUAUCCUGUGGUGUUUUUCCUUCCUAUGGGAAGGUACUUCAGAUUCUGAGAUUGCAUACCGGUGACUCUAAUAAACAACUUACUUGAUAGAUUAGUUCAGGAGCUGGCCAGCCAGUUGUAACGAUGCUGAAUUAUUUAUAGGGUGAACGUGUCAAGCUCAUUUAUGCUUGCGCUGAACUUCCCUCUGUCGUGCUGGAAGGAAAAGAGACAAUACCUUAGAGAUGCUUGGAGUCAGAAGGUUGCGUUUUAUAACAUGUUUUUUUCCCCCCUUGUCUUUCUUCUGCUGAAGCCAAAUCCAUUUGCACUCUACCGGGAGAGUUUUGCUUCACAGGGCAGGUGAGAAAGAUGCAGAAGGGAGGGGGAUUGUUCUGUGUUAGCCCAGCAUUGGAUGUUUCGAGAGAGGGAGUGGACCGGUUCUUUCUCUCUCUCCUCCUCUCUCUUUCUCUGUCUCCAUCACUAUGGAGUUGAGGCGAGGAAACCACACAGCUAGUGGAAGCAUGCGUGAGCUCAGGGUGCUAAAACAAAAGGCACACUAUCUAUCACCCACUAUAUCAUUCCGUGGACUUGCACAUCCAUUACAGCGAUGAGCGUAAGAGAGAGGCUGAGCGGGACACGUUACCAAGGAGACUACAAUGAUGAAAUGCACUAGCGUCUCGUUUUCCAUGUUUCCUGAAGUCUGAAGGAACUUAAAAGCUGUUAUGCCAGGCUCUGCCACUCAGGAGAACAUCAUGAAGUCCCAGCAGAAAUGUAUUGCCGUGUUUGCUCUGGUUUGCUGCUUUGCUGUCCUGGUGGCUCUAAUUUUCUCUGCUGUGGAUGUCUGGGGAGAGGAUGAGGAUGGUGUCACUGAGGAGAACUGCAGCAAAAAUUGUCGCAUUGUCCUUGUGGAGAACAUCCCAGGAGAGCUGUCAUUCAACCCCAAUAGUUCAACCCAUCUCCCACUUGCCAUGGGUCUUAACCACCUCUUGGACCAAGCAAAACUGUCAGUUGAGAUAGUGUCGCCAUACUGGGCUCUGACCUCCACCGAUCAGGGGUCACGGCUUUAUUCUUCCUAUCAGGGUCAGUAUUUGUUUCAGAGAUUGUUAAGCCUGAAGUCUCGAGGUGUCAAAUUAAAGAUCGUCAGUGACCAGCCCAACUCCAUUGAGCUGAAGAGCAUGUCUGACCGCUAUGCAGAAGUGCGCUACGUCAACAUGACGGCCCUCACCAGAGGAAGACUGCUUUCCUCCUUUUGGGUGGUGGACAGGAAGCACAUUUACAUUGGCAGUGCUGGCAUGAACUGGAAAGCGCUGUCCAAGCUGAAGGAGCUCGGAGUUGUAGUGUACGACUGUAGUUGUUUGGCUCUGGACCUGCACAGGAUCUUUUCUUUCUACUGGCAGCUUCAGUACAGGGACUACAUCCCUUCAAUCUGGUCCAAGAGAGUCACGGCCGUGUUCAGCAGAGACGAGCCGCUUCAGCUCAGACUCAACAAUACAGAUGCUUCUGCCUAUGUGUCGACAUCACCAGAGCUGUUUUGCCCCAAGGGUCGAAGUAGAGAUUUAGAUGCCAUACGGCAUGUGAUCCGAGAAGCCAAGAGAUUCAUCUACAUUUCUGUAACAGAUUACCUGCCCUUAGUCAACCGCAGCUUCAGAGGAUCACCAAUCAUACGGUACUGGUCGCCAAUAGACGAGAUGCUCCGAGAGGCUGCGGUACUGAGAGAGGUCAAAGUUCGUCUCUUAAUCAGUCUGUGGACACGCACACAUCCACUGACCUUUAACUUCAUGACGUCAAUGCAGGCCCUAUGCACAGGACUGCCAUUCUGCUCUAUAGAAGUGAGAUUUUACAGAGGCAAGGAGCACAUGGGAGGAUUUCAGCACAGGAUAAAUGAGAAUAAAUUUAUGGUGACAGACAACACAGCAUACAUCGGGAAUCUGGACUGGGUUGGCAGUGAGUUGGCUUUCAAUGCAGGAGCCGGGCUGGUGAUUCAAGAACCGGAGAACCAGCGGGAAGGGCAGGACUCGAUUGUACAGCAGCUGACUGCUGCUUUUGAAAGAGACUGGUUUUCACCCUACACAAUAAGCCUGCUCUCUGGCAGUACGACCCUACAGGAGAGCCAACAUGGGAGUCAGAAACUGCAAGCUCUAAAGACAAAACCAGAGAGCAGAGAGCAUGAGUGAGCGGCACAAGUUUCUCUCUGAGGCGGGACCAAUAAGCCAAGGACUUUGUGCCUCAGAACAUCUGCGCCAUGACUCUUACCAUUUGAGUUUUCAAAUGCUGUCAGUGGAAUGGAAUAAUAAUCUCUGAAGGACUUCUGUGAAGAUUUUUGUGUAUGCUUUCUUUUUAAAAUGACAGUACAGCACUUUCAAAGAAAUACUCUAAACCAUUAUAUAAUGCAUGCUUGUUUGGAUAAAAAACACUCAGUACCAUUAACUGAGAACUGUGGAAAUCAUUUACUCCAAUAUUUAGACUUUUCUUAUUUUAAGCCAAUUUAUUCAGAGACUCUGCUCAUGGAAAAAUUUCGAGAAAGGACAUUGCCAAAAUUUUAUAAUCAUUGUGUAAAUUACUUUUCUCAAGAGGUUCAUUGGUCAUCCUUUUUUAAAAAUCAAGCACAUUCUUACUGAAAGACAUUUUGGAAAAAUCUGCAUAUACGCCAACAAACUUGCUCAUUAUAUAUGCGGCCUCAUACUGUAGCUAUCAUUACUUUCUGACUGACUAGAUAUUAUGGCACAUCUGACACUGUGUAUAUAUAUACAAUGUUUACAUGAUGCAGCAUGCACAGCCUUGAAGUAAUGUACAAUCGUACGCACAAGAAGAGACUGUUUUUCUUAUUGAAUACUAACUUAAGCUUACACCCUUUAAAUGUAGCUUUAUAGAGUAGCUUUUAUAUGUAGCUUUAUAUCAUCCUUUAACUGACUGUUUUAAUGGAACAGUAAUGUUUUUGUUAAACAGUCGCUGCUGAUUGCUGAUCUUGUAAUGCAGGCCAUAUAUGUUGCAUUUCUCAGUAGUUUGUGGCCUGAUGCUUUAGCAUGUUUUGCCUUAUAUAUGCUGCCAUAAACUGUAGCUGCUGUUGCUUUCUGGAUGACUACCUCCUAUGAUACAAUGCAUCUAUGAUAUACUGUAUACAUAUAAUCAUAUAUAAUAAAAC